AUGACCAUUGUCCUCUCGCAUGAGCUUGCAGCCUACCCUAGGCCUGUUGUCACUAUUUAUAUGGCCUUCCUUCCACACUCGCUGUAUGUCUCUGAGUACUUCUCUCAGAGUGCGCAGAAGCUGUCCUUCUACAGCUGGUAUGGAAAUGCCAAGCUCUUCCACUUCCAUGUGCCAGAAGACACUGUGCUGCUUCGCUGGCUCCUGCAAGCAUCCAGGGGAAAAGGACCUGAGUGUACCAGCAUGGAGGUCACAGUGCACUUUCGCUAUGGAGCGCCACCUGUCAUUAAUCCACUGGGCACUCGUUUUCCUGCCAAUGCAACCGUCCGUCCUUCCUAUAACAUAAGUAUGACUCUGAGCAGUGCUGUGCAGAACAACACCUUUGUGAACAUUACCGCUCCUGCUGCAGGAGAUUGGUUCAUCGCCGCGCAUCUCCCCGAGGCCGCUGGUAGAAUUGAAGUGAAGGGUUUCUCCACCCCAUGCACCUAUAUGUUUCAGCCAGAUAUGUUUGUGCUUAGACUCAUUGAUAUGCCUGUUCUGGAGCCUGGUGUUGCCUUGCCACAAACCGUCGUCUCGCCUGCUAAACCACUGCAUGUCAAGGUCUUUGUUCCCAAGUACACCGCCAGGAUGUGGUUUGAGCUGCGGAGCUGCGGGACGAGUGGGCAGACAGCGUGCACUGUGCGGGUAGUGCUGGGCUCAAUCACAUUGCCGCAGUCUUUCCAGAGGAUCCUCACCUGCACAGGGAAUGUAAACUGUAGCCUGGGCCUGGAUUCACCCCCCUGGGAGAAGUGGCUGCAGAUCAUGGUGGAGAAUCUUGGUACUGCCAAUGCCGAUGUGUCUGUGGAGAUGGUGGCUUCUUUCACAGCUUGCAAACUGGGAAGUACCAGUUCAUUCCUUAACUUCAGCAGUCUGAACCAGAGCCAAAAUGGUGCCAGACCAGGUAACGCAGGGAGCCCUGCUCUGCCUGCAGGAGAGGCUUCACACAACACAUCCGACCAGAGGAGUCUCUGUGUCCAGAAUCAGCCUGUCGUUCGUGAGGACCUGGAUGUUGUGUCUGUGCGGUACAGGCUCUUGAAUGGUCCCAGUGUGCCUGUGUACUCCAUCUUCCCUACCCUCCUCCUUCUUGGCCUGAAUACUGGCAUGGACAGCGGGGGUUCCCUUGUGGUGAAUCUUCUGCUUAACAAGACAUCUCUGAGCCUGGCCAAUGCCACUGUGUUAGCCUGUGUGAGUGCUGCUUCACCAGUGCUGUCCCUCAAUACCACACAGAACUGCAGCACAGCUUUCUUCCAGGGCUACCCUCUGAGCGUGAGUGCAUCCUCCACAGAAGCAAUGCUGAUUGUUCUUUACCCAGAGACCAAUGACUGGUUCCUUUCCCUGCAGCUCAUCUGCCCAAAGGGCCAGGGUGAAUGUAACAACGCAGAAGCCAAAGUGACCAUCUUGGCAUACCUCACCCCCUGCUUCAAUGACUGUGGGCUAUAUGGACAGUGCAGUCUUCUGAGAAGACAUGGCUACCUCUACGCUGGCUGUAGCUGUAAAGCUGGUUGGAGUGGAUGGAGCUGCACGGAUGAUACCAAGGCCCAGUCUGUCAGUGCGCAGAAUCUGGCCACGCUUCUUCUCACGCUGAGUAACCUCAUGUUCCUGCCAGCAAUCGUGAUUGCUGUCUAUCGCUACUGCCUGGUGGAAGCCUCUGUCUACACCUACACCAUGUUCUUUUCCACGUUCUACCAUGCGUGUGACCAGCCAGGCGUUGCUGUGUUGUGCAUUAUGGACUAUGACACGCUACAGUACUGUGACUUUUUGGGCUCCGUGGUGUCCAUCUGGGUGACGAUCCUGUGCAUGUCCCGGGUGAAGAAGAUUCUGAAAUAUGUCCUUUUCGUCUUGGGGACUCUCUUCAUUGCCAUGUCUCUGCAGCUGGACCGCAGAGGGGUGUGGAACAUGAUGGGUCCUUGCCUCUUUGCCCUCAUCAUCAUGAUUGUAGCGUGGGUUUACCAUGGAGUGAAGCGCAGACACUGCUACCCUUCUUCAUGGAAGCGCUGGGUUUUCUACCUCCUACCAGGGAUCACCUUGGCUUUCAUCGCCAUCUCAGUAUAUGCAUUCAUGGAAACCAAUGAGAACUAUUACUACACCCACAGCAUUUGGCAUGUGCUGGUGGCCAGCAGCGUUGCUUUCCUGCUCCCACCUCGGGACAAGCAUAAGAAGCCCUGGGCCUGGUCACAGAAGCUCACCUGUCGUUAUCAGAUCUGCCAGAAUGACCGUGAGGAGCUGUAUGCUGUGACCUGAACUGCUCGGCUCCAGGUCACAGAGGCGAAGGGUUAGUCGGGUUGCUCUUUGCCAGGCCAGCCUGGGCUGCCCCUCCGUAGCACUUUGGCAAUCCUGUUACAUGCUCAUUCACUGGCUGGGACAGCGCAGUAGCUGGACUUGGAUUUAAAGAUGCAGAAGGUGGGCUUGUCUUAUGAAGACGAGCUGGAUCCUGCUUUUCUGCUGGGAUGGAGCAGGCUCUUCGUGGUUCUAAAUGAAGGAAUAGUCUGUCCCCCACCUCCCCCGUGGCCCUGGGGGGACUUGCUAGCCCUUCUUCCCCUCGUGCUCUGUCUAUGAGGCCCUGGAGUCAAGGCUUUGGCCAUUGCAUUCUUCCCUGCACUCACCCUUGCUAGCAGAGGGCUGUGGGACAGGGAUUUGCCCUGCUGUCCUGCACUCAGAAUUUGCUUUUCUAAGAGAAUAGGUUUCCCCUGCACCUGACCUGUGGGCACAUGCUGCAGAGUACCCUUGGUGCUGAUGAGUACGGGCGGGAGCUAGUUUCAGUAUGCACCGAAAACAUUGCCGUCUCCAAUGCAAGACUGGAGCCUCUCCUGAAACAGGUGGUGCUGCUCUUAUCUAGUCCUGAUUCUGGAGGGGAUUAAUGAGGCUGGGACUUGGGCUUGAAUUCAGGAUCAGACUUGACAGGAAUGGGGGGGGGGGGGGGGGCCAUGUGCAAGAGGCAUCAGCAGCAUCUGGCCCAGAGCUGCAAAAUAUGCAGCAGUGCAGGGUUUAGUUUAAGUUUUAUUUUGGCCCUCUUAGCUCAUCUGGAAGGAACCAGGCUGCUGCUUUGUGCCCCCUUUUUUGAUGUUCAGGUAUUCAUUGUCUUCCUGCCUUCCCUGGGUUCAGCAAAUGUGCAGCUCUGCCCCAGCAACAUAGGUGGCAAAAUUGCUCAGGACUCCAGCUGGAUUGGUAACGUGCUGUGACGCCCCUCUUGCAAGGGACGUGGGUAAAGCUGCCCCUGGCUCCUGCCAGUUUGGACAGCAACAGCUUCACUGCGUGCCCAUAUUUGGCUGAGAUCAGGCUGGGCAGACUUGGAAUCUGCGGCCCUGGAGCAGCUCUGGCCUCAAGGCAUGCAACAAAUCUUGCAAUAGUCUGAGCGCGGCGUGGUCUUACAGUGGGUUUGUUAAUGUACGCUUCAAACCUUGGCUUCACCCCAGCACAUUCCCUGUGUUUUGCAUAGAGCAUCACAUCCAAGCUC